AAUGGUUGUACUGGGAGUUUUAGAAGAGGAGAGAGAGGUUAUAGCUGCCUGGAAUGUACGUCUUUUUUCCAACUACAUGAAGACUGUGCAGAGGCGCCGAGGAAGAUCAGACACGCAAUGCACCCUCAACACACACUCACUCAACAAUUCUCUUUCCCUUGGUAUUGGCAUACGCGCUGCUCUAUCUGCACGUUGGAAGUUGGACUUUAAAAGCAUCGUGUACAGAUGCACGGGCGCAAAAUGCACGUUCAUGGCACAUGUCAGAUGCGCGCAGGGCAGCGACAUGAUGUAUGCAGCUGAAGAAGAUGUGGAGCAGCAGAGGAGCAGCAGCAUCAUCCAUCAUCCGAGUCACCCUGAGCAUCAACUCUUGUUUCUGAAGAGAAGUUGUUCAUUCCAGUGCGAUGCUUGUGGCACCACAGGCGCCAAAGGGAGUUCCUACACAUGCACCACACCUGCAUGUGAGUAUUGGAUCCAUCAGAGAUGUGCUUCUUUGCCUCAGAAUAUCCAAAGGGAAGAUCACAACCACUCCCUCUCUCUCUCUUAUCAUGUCCCUCCUCAAUAUCUCAGAUAUGACUACCGUUGUGAAGUGUGCAGAAAAAGAUUAAUAUCCAAACUUUGGAUAUAUCAUUGCGAGCUUUGCAGCUAUGUUGUCCAUCUCGCCUGCACUUUCAACAAAACACUUGCCAUCACUAGAGAGAAAGGGAUUAUGGAGUUUCCAAUAAAUGAUGUGGCUGUGGGAGAGGACCUAAUUGGAGCUUUUCUAAGGAGACAAGGAGUUGAUGCACAUACACUCAUUCCUCAUCAAGAUGAUGUUGAUUAUGAGUUCCACCAUCACAAACUCACAUUAGUCUCCUCCUCAUCAUCAUCAUUUCAAGAACAAGAAGAAGAAAAUAGUGAUGAUGAUGAUGACGAGGAAGACAACUCUUGUAGAAAAUCGGAGUUAAUAUGCAAUGGGUGCAUUACUCCAAUAUUUCUUAAACAAACAUCAUUUUCAUCUUCUUCUUCGUCUUGUUUAAGUACUACUAGUAGUAGUAGUAGUAAAGAUUACUACUACAUGAGAUGUAGCAUGAGAUCAUGCAAAUACUAUCUCCACUUGGCGUGCUUCCACAUGCCAUGUCAGCUCUCCUCUCUUCCUCUCCUCCACAAACAUGAGAAUGAGAAUAAUCACAGCCUUGUCCUUCAAUCCGGUGACAAUCGUAAACCAUGGAAUAGGCAACAAUGCAGCGUCUGCUAUAAAGAGACGAAUGGUCUGUUUUAUAGUUGCACAAAAUGUAAAGACUUCAAAGUAGAUAUAAAGUGCGCUUCAAUGCCGGACACCAUAUAUCACGCAGCUCACCCUCCACACCGCCUCAACCUGCUCUCCAGAGAAGAUACUUGGAGGCGAGAUGGCGAUACAUGUGAUGCCUGUAAUGAUAUCUUAUGGUUUCCUGGUGUACAAAGGUAUGCAUGCGGCAGCUGUGAUUUCGUCGUGCACUUUAGAUGCGCGAUUUUGCCAGCAUCAACCACCAGCCUUAGAUGGGACAAGCACCACCCGCUGCUUCUCACGCACGACGCCACUCUAAACCAUCCCGGUGAAUUCUACUGCAAUGAAUGCGAGGAAGAAAUGAAUCCCAAGCAUUGGAUGUAUCACUGCCGCAGUUGUGAUAUAUCCUUCCAUCCGAGCUGCUUUAAAACUACAUCCGGCGAGUAUAGAAACAUCAAGUUUGGGCAGGAAUAUAAUGUGAAUGCAGAAACCCAUCCACACCCUCUCACCUAUCAAAUUCUCACUACAAAACGCCGCUGCGACGUUUGUGGUAAGGAUAUGCAUGAAAAGACAGGUUUUUACUGUGCAUUCUGCAAUUUCUUCAUUUGUUUCGACGUAUUCUGCAACUUCUUCAUUUGUUUCGACGGCUGCGGUAAAGAUAUGAUCAAAGAUGGCAACAUUGAGGCUGUGGAUUGAAAAGAAAAAGGCUCAAUAUUUACAUACUGUAUUUGUUUGAGUGUACUAUUUUUAAUUUAAUGAAGAUUGUAGCUUGCUUUUUAAAAAUACAGUUGAUCAAAUUUUCACUUCUUCACAUGCUUAAAGAUUAAGGACAUCUUCUGUAGUUAUAUUAAUUAACCCGUUAUUGUGUG